AUGACUUCGCAGCCGUGGGGAACUAUAACCAAACCUCCUUUUGAACUGGGAUAUCAAAAAUUAGACAGCGAGGAAAUCGAAAACGUGGUCGAACGUUUAACCAGACCAAAAACAACUCCAGCACAACAGAAGAAGCGUCCGCGUCCAGCGAUCGAAAAGCGAGCGUUGUCAAGGGACGAAAUCGACGCAAUGGUUGCCCGGUUAGCAAAUAAAGAAACAAAUUUGGACAAGACACCGGACAGGCGGAGAAUUCAUCAAUACAAGAGGGAAUGGGGAGUUGUUCUUAAUUCCUACGCCUGGAAUGGUUGCAAUCACCAAGCUAUACUUUGCGGAGAAGAAAGCCCGUGA